AUGGCUCAUUGGCAAAGCUACUCAGGCCAAUGGGAUCUACAAAGUCACGGAGAAGGUGACCCAUCAAGCUACCUACCGCCGCAUCAGCCGGCCCUGCAGACUAUGGAAUCAACGAGCCACAGCUUCAGUCAGCCCUUAGGCAACGAUUCCGGAAUGCCCCACGCGCCGAGUGCCCAUAACUAUCAUGAUUAUACCUACCCGCAGGAGCCCACAUGUGGGAGCCAGCUCCAACCCGGUAUCAUAGCGCCCAAUGGUUCUCACUUGCAAGAUCCCGCGGGCAGCUACGUGAGCCUACAAUCUCAGGUACAGCUUUCUACAGGUAGCACGUUCAAUCAGCAGCCUCUCACGGCCAACCAGUCCGAGUAUCAUGUUUCUUCCAACGUUGUCGAUAACGUUCCCCAUGGACCAGCUCCUACUGGCACACUCCUUUAUCUGACUUCUUCCGACUCGAGAACGAGUCAAGCGGCUUUUUCCCACUAUGGCUAUCACAAUCCUUCUGCAACUGCUGGCCAGUAUCAGCCUGAUGUUUCUGAUCUCCGGCCAGUGGAUGAUACAUCUGCCUGCGCUGACCAUCAGCCCCCUUACUCGCAGAACCCCGUAGGUGGCAGCUACAACAGUCUAGUCCAGUCGGAGCCACUGUCUUCUACAGCUACCACCUUUCAGCAAGCUUGCAGCCAGUAUCUGCAGGACGGCUUGUCCAACUUGAACGCAACCCAAUGCGCCCUGCAGAGACCAGCUUUUCCCCAAACCUCCUCUCAUCCGAUCUCUUAUGAACCGAGCACGAGUCAAGCGACUUCUGCCUACGGCUAUCAUAACUUACCUCCUGCAGGCAGUAGCCAGCAUCACCCUGAAGCUUUUGAUACCGGACCAUCGCCCAAUGCCUACUCUAACUCUCACCCUCCUUACUCGCAGAAUCUUGUGGGUGGUAGCUACAACACACCAGUCCAAUUGGAACCGGCGUCUUCUACAUCUAGCGUAUUCCAGCAAGCUUACAGCCAGUAUCCCCAGAGCGCCCCACAGGGACCAGUGUUUCCCCCAACCUCCCUUUAUCCGACCCCUUCCAAUCCGAGCACAAGUCAAGUGGCUUCUGCCUAUGACUAUCGUGAUUCGCACCCUGCAGCUGGUAACUCUAACCAUCAGCCUUCUUACUUGCCGCAAGAUCCCGCAGGUGGCAGCUACAACCAUCUAGCACAGUCUGAGCCACUGCCUUCCACCCUUAGCACAUCUCAGCAAUCUGUGGACGAGGUUCUUCAUGACGGCUCCUCCAACAUAGCCCAAAAUGCUUCCAAUAUGUCAACUCUUUUCCCGACUGCCCUUGAUCCAAGUACGAGUCAAGCUCAAUCAAGUUGGUCGGCUUUGAGCGCCCCCAGCUCAACCGACCAAGAGCAACCCGGAUCCCAAGGUUAUAGUGCAAGGAUGGACAGGAGCAGACAGGCCCACCGAAAGCUCGAACACGUCAAACGGGUAAUUUCUACCACCUCUCAGCCGUACCUUUCCUCAGCACAAAGGCGGGCUAUUCAAACGACCACACCUUUGCCAAUCGAAUCCUUAUUAGUCGAUAAGGUGAAGGCGGAGGCUUCAAGACUCAUGCACGUGUCUCUACUUCGGGAAACCCUGUAUCCGACCAAAGACAGAAUCGAUGAGUUAGCCGAUGCAGCGCUCGACGAUGCGAUUACUAGCCAUAGGAAUGACGACAACGCCACGGCCCUCUCGCAAUGGAAGUUGAGAACGGAAGGCCAAGGCACUCUUAUCUGGCUCAAAGGGAUCAUUAAACAGGUUCAUAAGGACUCCCAGGGCAAGAGUUGUGCUCGGGGGUUGGUGGCUGGAGCUUAUGAUCUACCCGUUAAGAUUUUGUUCAAGAACACGAACAAUAUUGCACAAUCGCGCAAAACGGAAGCGUCAGUAUUGCUGUCGAAUUAUGAUUUUCUUGAUACCAUCGUUCAGCGAGAACAUGGUGGGCAACUCCAGUCAUUUCGUGUCCCAUUCGGGAACCGUACUGUCACCAUCAUGACAGAGUACAUACUGAUCGAUCAGGGGUAUCGUCAAUAUAUACCCCUCAAGACACUCAAUGACUGGAAACCUGGGCUUCGAAAUAUCUUCGCCCUUUCUGCAACAGCCUGUGAAUUGGAAAUACGGCAAUGCGCGGAGACCGGCUGGUUCAAACCUGUAGAUCUGUAUGCUCAGGGAAGCAUGACCUAUCAGAGAAUGACGGACCGGAUGAACUCAUUGGAAGGAACUGACCUAGAAGAAUUUCGCGGACUGUUAAACUUCAUGCAUCGUUUACUGUUAACAGCCCCAGCUGUUUGGAAAGAUCGCAUGAGAGAGCGCAAGCAUCUUGAAGAUUAUGCUCUCGCAUUCUCCAUGCACUCCGAUUCAUAUACUGUCUCUUCUGCUCUGCGAACUUGGCAUCAGGUCUAUACAAUUUACCAAAACUGCCGUGCCUUCGCUGUUCAAUGCAACCUUGCUUGUGUGCAGUAUGAUGCGCUACUCAAGUGGCGCAUCCAGCUGAGGGCGAAGAUGAAGCUGCUGAGACAAGCUCAAUUCGUGGAGAACUUCAUUCUUCAGCGAAGGAUUUUGAAAGAACACCUCGAGAUUCGUCGACUUCGCACUUUCAUGACAGCAUGGCACCAGAAACAUCAAAGAAUACGAUUCCGCCGGCUGGCAGCGCAGCAAAUAGAUGACCUCCGAAUAAAGCGGGAUGCUUUAAGACUCUGGACCAACCGUGUCAUUGAAAUCAAGUUGUGGGAACUGGAAGUCAGCCAGAAGAACACCCAUGCACUAACAAUCUUUGCCUUCAAGAAGUGGAAGAACAUAUGUUUGCGCCACGUUGAGGACCUGAGCCUCAUGGGUAGUCAUCUUGAUAUCAAACGGGCUGGUCAGUACUUAUGUCGCAGUUUCCGGCAUCAGAAGUCAACUGUCACUCAAGUUCGAACCACACCGGUGGACGCCUCCUUACCUACGACUUCCCAAAUGCUGGCGAAUAUGACUACUGCAUAUGUUGAUGUUGGCGCCACGAGGUUCCCCCUGCCAAAGAAGGACGCUCAAGGCAAUUACAAGAUUGGCAUCAUGAGGCGCUUGGGGGAGUCAAUCGACUACUCAAAGCUCAACAACAGCGACGCUGUUGAAUCAACUCCUCCGACAACUGUAAACCGUAGGCCAUUCACUUGGGGUUCAUGCAGGGCACCUUUAAACUCCUGCCUUAUUGAUUAUCAUAUGACGUCAAAGAGACAAGGGCAUUUCCUCUACUUUAACAAUCAAUGUUAUCGAGUCUCUCAGACAUCGCGCCCUCCUGACUUCCAUGCCCAGGAAUUGGGUGUGGAUCCUCAGUACAAUGCCGCAGGAGUUGAGAAUAUUGUCAAGGACGUCGUUAGUCCGUUCGCUAAGGACCUUAUGAAAGACUUGGAGCAAAAUUACACUCCCACCAUCAGCCUCCAAAUUCCGCGCACAUCUCUCUCCACUAAUACUAUCAAUCGGUGUGAAGUAUCCAAUAGCAGCACGGGAUCGUUUGACCUAGCCUUAACUGAAUGGGUUGUUGACACGCUGUCAUUCGGUGGUGUCGAGUCGCAGACCUUUGGACACGUAGAAUGGAAGUGUUUGAAAGCAGGUUCUCAAGUGCUCACCGACUACAUGGAGGCAUACCUUACUGCUAACGGCACCAAGUCUCUCAUCCAGUUCAAUAAGAAGGUCUCGAGUGUCUCUCAAAGUGGCCGUGGUUCAAAAAAGGUGCAACUGCAAGAAAGUUCAUGGUGUCUUGACUCUCACCUGGAGGCGAAUGUGUCACCUGUCUCGAAUGUCAGGCAUCUGCAACGGAAUGACUGUCUGGACCCACGGAUCAUUCGGCGACUUAUUCUCUCUUACCACUUUAUGUUUCUUUCUGUAUACUCUUUGCGUUAA